CAGACCGACAGGAGGACAGGAGGAGGACCAUACAGAGAGGAAGGGGCGAUGGCCGCCGGAGCAGCAUGCGGGGAAUCGGUCGAUCAGUACCGGGCCGAGGUGGAGCGGCUCACCGCGGAACUGACCGAGGCGAACCGGGAGAAGAUCCGGGCUGCGGAGUGCGGACUGGUCGUCCUGGAGGAGAACCAGGCGCUGAAACAGAAGUAUGCAGAGCUGGAGACCGAGCAGGAGACUCUGAGGAAGGAGCUGGAGCAGCUACAGGAGGCGUUUGGCCAGGCUUACACCAACCAGCGUAAGGUGGCAGAGGACGGGGAGAGCAAUGAGGAGACGCUGCUGCAGGAGUCGGCCUGUAAGGAGGCGUACUACAUGGGCCGCCUGCUGGAACUGCAGACAGAGGUGACGCUGAGCCGCUCCGUGGCGUCCAACGCUCAAGCUGAGAACGAGAGGCUCAACGCUCUCGUGCAGGAGCUGAGAGAGAGUAACGAGAUGUUGGAGCUGCAGAGGAGCAGGAUGAGGGAGGAGAUCAAGGAGUACAAGUUCAGGGAGACGCGGCUGCUCCAGGAUUACACCGAGCUGGAGGAGGAGAACAUCACGCUGCAGAAGCUGGUGUCCACACUCAAGCAGAGCCAGGUGGAGUAUGAGGGACUGAAACAUGAAAUAAAGGUCUUCGAGGAGGAGACUGUCCUUCUCAACAGCCAGCUUGAAGACGCCCUACGUCUGAAGGACAUCUCUGAGGGUCAGCUGGAGGAGGCUCUGGACGCCCUGAAGAGCGAGCGUGAGCAGAAGAACAACCUGAGGAAGGAGCUGGCCCACCACCUCAGCCUGAGCGACAGCGUCUACGGGGCCGGGGCCCAUCUGGCCCUCACCGUUACCGGGGUCGAGGGUCUCAAGUUCCCGGAGGAGACCAAUGGAACCAAUGGCACCAACGGCAGCGCCAUCCCUGCUGCUAACGGCAACAACGAGGACAACAACCGCCGCAACGGCCACCUUCACACUGGCACGGGAUUAGCUAAAAUGAACGGGGAGUUCAGACCGGGCAGGAAAGGAGACGGUCUGCACCCUGUGCCCGACCUGUUCAGUGAGCUCAACCUGUCGGAGAUGCAGAAGCUCAAACAGCAGCUGCUGCAGGUGGAGUGCGAGAAGGCGGCGCUGCUCAUGAACCUCCAGGAGUCUCAGACACAGCUGCAGCACACCCAGGGCGCCCUGACCGAGCAGAGCGAGCGCGUCCACCGUCUCACAGAGCGGGUCAACGCCAUGAAAUGUCUGAACGGAGACAAAGAGCUCGACGACCCCCAGGAGAGCGAAAAGCCCGAUGGUGGCUCCUUAUCACCGCCAACCAACGGCCACCACGAUCCCGAUAUCCACGGCUUCGAGAUCCUGGAGUGUAAAUACAAGGUGGCGGUGACAGAGGUGAUCGACCUGAAGGCGGAGCUCAAGGUGCUGAAGGAGAAGUACAACCAGGCGGUGGAGGGGCAGGGAGAUGGCCACGGUGAAGACAGGGCACAGGCUCUGACUGAGCAGCAGGUCACUCAUUUGGAGCGCAGUUAUCGUGAUAGCAGGGAGCGCGUGGCGAGCCUGGAGGCGGAGCUGCGAGCGGCCACGAGCAUGUCCACAGAGAGUCAGAGCAUGCUGAAUGCUGCUCAGGACGAGCUGGUCACCUUCAGCGAGGAGCUGGCUCAGCUUUACCACCACGUCUGUCUGUGCAACAACGAGACACCCAACCGCGUCAUGCUGGACUACUACCGACAGAGCCGCGUCACGCGCAGCGGCAGCCUGAAGGGCUCAGACGACCCUCGGGCUCUGCUGUCACCCCGCCUGGCGCGUCGCCUGGCCGCUGCGUCCGCGGCCUGCUCCUCCGACUCCCCACGCAGCCCCAUGGACUCCCCAUCCAAAGACGGACACCACAGCGAAACAUCCAACAACACAGCGGACUCUUCAUCCUGCCAUAGCAGCCCCACUCGCAACCCACCAGGCUCCCCAUGCAUCAGCAUCUCCCCCUGCCCGUCCCCGGUGCCCUCAGAGGCGGGCGGGGACCUGAGAAAGGAGCCCAUGAACAUCUACAACCUGAACGCCAUCAUCAGGGACCAGAUCAAACACCUGCAGAGGGCCGUAGACCGCUCACUGCAGUUGUCCAGGCAGAGGGCUGCAGCCAGGGAGUUGGCGCCUAUGCUGGAUAAAGACAAAGAGCUGUGCAUGGAGGAGAUCCUCAAACUCAAGUCCUUACUCAGCACCAAGAGAGAGCAGAUAGCCACACUCAGGCUGGUGCUGAAGGCCAACAAACAGACAGCAGAGGUCGCUCUGGCAAACUUAAAGAGCAAGUACGAGAAUGAGAAGGCGAUGGUGACGGAGACCAUGAUGAAGCUGAGGAAUGAGCUGAAGGCUCUGAAGGAAGACGCUGCCACCUUCUCGUCUCUCAGGGCCAUGUUUGCCACAAGAUGUGAUGAGUACGUCACACAGCUGGAUGAGAUGCAGAGGCAGCUGGCUGCAGCAGAGGAUGAGAAAAAGACGCUGAACUCUCUCCUCCGGAUGGCCAUCCAGCAGAAACUCGCCUUGACACAACGGCUGGAGGAUCUGGAGUUCGACCACGAGCAGACGCACCGAGGCCGCGGCGCUAAAGUGCCCAAAAUAAAGAGCAGCCCGCCCAAAAUCGUCAGCAGCCUGCUGCCUCAGUACCGUCACUCUCCCCACAACUAAGGCGAGGGAGAGCCUCCCGAGCCCGCAGUCCUAAAUUAAUGGCAGACCACACAGUCCUAUUGAGCAGGAGUAGCCCUCUCUCCCCCUGUGACCCUCGUAACUGUCUCGCCCAGCAGCCUCACCCUCCCGGCACCUAACGUCCCCCGCUCCAGCCUGGGCCAGGCCUGGUAGGAGUCCUGCAGAGACGAUUCGCUCUAAACAGGGGAGCUCCCUCAGAUAACCUCCCCUUCCCCAGCCAAGCCAACCAAACUGGUGCUUACGGACUCAGUGACCCCCCCUCCCAAGGCUGGCCUCCUGGUUACCAGGGUCGCAGAAGAAGAGCGGGACGCCGUCUUCUUCUCUGGAAAGAAAGGAACUGAGGCGCAAAACGCCAGAGUGACAAAUCAGGGGUAUCUUUUCCCCUACUGGUAUCAGUAUUUAUUGAUUAUUUAUUUCCUCUAUUGCUUAUUUAUUAUAUUCAUUUGUGAAUAUUUUUGAGAUAUUUAUUACAGGAAUGUUUUCUCUUUGUUGUUUGUCAUUUUCCAAGAUGAAAUCAAAGACAAACUGCUGUGAUUAAGACAACUUAAAGCAGAACUUCUCAAUCUUUUCUGCUCUAGUGAACAGGUUGAAAACUCACCUAACAAUACUCGACAAAACUUGAUAAGUUAGAUCAGCAAAUGUGAUAAUCCAGAACCAUGUAAGGCAUUAUUAGGAGUGUGAAAAACCUGGGUUUGAGGCUGGAGAAGGUGUUUUUACAGGAACUGUGUUUCUUGUGGUGAUGGGUGGAUUUCAGCUCCCUUUCUAACGUCACUGCUCUUUUUUUUGAAUGCUUGUUUUUUAUACAGAGAUUUUAUUUACCAAUCAUGUGCUUACAGAUGAUUUUAUACCUCUUAUUUAUUUUUACAGCAGACUCUAGUGAGAUUGGUGUGUCUGUACGGUAGCUCAGGUCUCUGUAAAGACUGAGGUAGACGAGAGGCUGAGUGGUUGGCAUCAGGACUAGGGCUGUUGGCCUUUUUUAUUUUUGCCUUUUGAAUUGCACAGGUUUAAGUGACCAUGGAGUGAACUGGCCUCCAUCUUUUUAACAUUAGUGAAGGACAGAGGAUUCCCUAGAGGUGUGCCUCUUCUAGUGUUAGCGUCUCUGUCGUCGUAUUCGCACCAUGAAGUCUUCCGUGUCUUUCUAUGAGCUCUUAUUGGUCACGACCUCAGAGAACUGUCAUUAAAUUCCUCCUGCAGUCAAGAAAUGUCAAAGGACCCGUUUGCAGUUUGCAUUAAUGAUGGGUUUUAGGUGACUGCAUUGUAGUACGUGCAUGCAUACAUUGCAUUAACAACAUGUCUCCAGUGUCAGAACUCACCCUCCCCUCUUUUAUCCAAUCAACAGCCCGUGCAUCCUUUCUGUGGCUCUCUCCGUGGCUUGGUAUUCUUACGUGCUGUGUGCAGUGAAACUAAGAAUGAAUGGGUGAAUUAGCCAGAAGCUAAGAGGCUAGCAGGGCCUCUUUAACAGCUUUUCUCCCUCAUGUUGUCAUUUGAAAUGACAACUUUGUUUGAAGUCACAAGGGAGCCAUGAUGUGUUGUUCAAGGACGAGUUGGUUUUAAGAGCAGACUUUUGAUAGUCACGUGAGCUGGCUCCCCCCUUUUUUCAUUUUUUCUUUUAAGGAUAUAAAAAAAAAGGAAAAAUGUACCAGAUAAAGAGCUGAUGGUAACCAGAGCUGAGACAAAUAAUCUGGGCAUUUAAAAAGUGCCACAGUUCCCAUCACUGCAGUAAGGCUGGAUGGACAUGAAUAAAGCAAUGUUGUUGUUUUUUUACUACCAGAGUACAGCAGAAUAGUCAAUUGAUGGGGCGGUCUUUAAUUCCUGCAAGAACUCUCUGUGUCUGCACAACCAAUCCGGUCUGGAUGAAAGCAUCCCAGACCACCUCUGAAUGCCGUCUGAACUAUCAGAUAUCAGUACACAUUGAGGUUCAUCCACACAAAAAUUACCACUUGGUACACAAAUGCCCAAACCAGAUGUGAAUCAUUAUUUAUUGUCUAAACUGGGUAAAAUAACCUGUUUAUGCAUUGUAUUAUGAUUCAUGCAGAACAAUCGGACACCCAGUUGUAAUCCUGAAUGCCUUUUAUCCACGAGGAAGAUGAAACUAAGAUUUGGUAAAAAAUAGGUCUUUGAUGGUAAAACUCUGAUGAAAAGUAGGUUUAGUUUUUGUCAAGGAGACUAAAAAGUUAGUGCUGGACUGUUGGACAUUCUAAAUUCAUGAUAUUUCUCCACCAUGUGUAUAGCAAGACAAAGCAGAGAUUUUAAGAUUUGGCAGUAUUUCCUUCAGUGUAUUUUAGAUUAAUUAAAGUAUUGAUAGUGCAUUAAUACAGGUGUUUCACAGAUGUAUUCAUUUACAAUUUGGCUGAUUGAAAUAGUUCAGAGAAAAUAACUGUUAUGACUGAGAGUCAAGACUAAUAUAAAAGGACUUUUAUUGAUUAAAACUGGACUGAAAUGUUUUAGAUAGUAAAAAUAGUAAAAAUAACUCAAAUGUGACUUAAACUAAGACAUUAUCAUCUAAAAACUAGGACUAAAUAUAAAACAGUCACCAAAAUUAACACUGGUGCAUCUCAUUACAUAUCACUUUGUUGGCUCAAGCUGCAGAGGUGGUCUGAAUGCCUUCAUCUGGGUUGAACUGGUAGAAUCGGCGCUCACGUUUACCUUCUGAACCCUCAGCUAUUUUUUAACCAUUGUGUCUCACCUGGACUUUUUGUCCUUAAAAGCUUGUAUAACAUCAACCCUGUGCUGCACAGUCAAGCUCUGAACAUCAAACUCCUCAGGACAACCUGGGCUUUAAAGGGGCCAUAUUAUGCAAAGAUCACUUUUUCAGGUUUUUCUACCAAAAAUAUGUGCCCCUGGUCUGUACACAAUCCCCCCAAAUACCAGAAAAAUCCCCCGCACUACCUUUCAGAAAAUGUGCGCUGAAACAAGCCGUUCUCGGAUUUUCCCCUCAUGAUGUCAUGUGGGGAGUUAGCCCUGCCCCCAGGUUUGGUUUGCCCUCCCCACUUGGAAGAAAGCACUCCUGAUGUUGCAGCUGCCUUUAUCCAGAGUUAAGGAUCUGACUGGGAUUCAAACCAUCAAUCUCCCAUUCCAAAGUCAGCAGGGUAACCCACCAAGCUAUCCAGCAUCUCAGCUGGCAGCUGAGAGGAGUGAUUGAAAAUGGAUUGAAGAGUAUAUUAAAAGACGUUAAAUAUGGGAGUUUCUGGUGUAGAUUUACUCUUUAAAGACCCUGGAAAGUAACCAGAGUCCCAGGCUUGCUAGAAAACCAUCUAUAAGAGCUACAAAGACGUGGGUAGCUUCAUUAUAACGGCACAACAGAGGACUACGAUUUAUGCUUCACAAGUUAUUUACCUUUAUAUAACAUGUGUCUCUUCUUGUCAUAUAUGACAACGCCAGGCUCAGAGGGUUUUAAAGACAACCCCACCAACUAAUGUGAUCUGCAGUUGUCGACAGUUCACAAAAAGAGCAAGUACAGAGUUAAUUACAGUAAGUCAAUAUUGUAUUAAACAGAAAUGCCUGUCAGGUGUUAUAACACUGCAGCAAUGUCAGAGGAUACAACUUCAUUUGAAAGAAAAGAACGAUGGACUACAACUGGAGCCUGCUGCCUCGUCUCUCUGCAGGCUCGCAAGUCUGUUUUGGUUGAGGUCAAGAAUAAGAACUUUCUGGGCAGCACUCUUCCCCUUGCUCUUCACUUUUCUGAAGUUUUAAGUACUUAAGAUUUCUUCUCCACCUUGUCUCACUGGCAAGAACUAAGCUAGUUAUCAUAAAGCCUAAAAAAUCGUGACUAGGGCUGACAACUUUUAUUAUAAAGGAAACAGCCAAUGCACUGCGGCCCCUUCCAUGUGAGCCAAUCAGUGAUUAGCUUUUUCUUAAAAAUCAAAGCUAAAUCAGAGUGUGUCAGACUAAUGAGAAAAUAUCUGUCCAGCUCUGGUUGCUUUCACAGCCAUCACUGGAGAUGUAGUGUAAAUGUAAACCCGUACUAAAGUGCAGUCAACUUUGUAUGUGAUUACCCCAUAUGGAUGUUAAUGGACAGUGUAACAGGGUCAAAGUAACAUUUCUGAUACCAAUGCCACACCUGUUUGUUGUUGUGAAGUCUCCAUGUUUCUCUCUCUCCACAUGCUUCCUUUCAACAGUAUGCAAUACUGUCCAAGCACAAUUAUGCACUAUGCAUUAAAGCAAUACAUUAUUUAAGAGUGAUCAGAAACAUAUUCACCCAAAUCUUCAGACUAUUUCGGACCCCGUGAACUAACCAGCAGGUCGACAGAGAACACGUGACCCCGGCUCUUCUCAAACACAGACAGAGACUGUUUUAAUGGAGCAAAGUCUUACUGACACGGAUGUAAUGUGAUGUUUCUCUCUGAUUUUAACCCUCAUCAAUGUAAAUGUUCUCCUCACUGAAAAGAAUGCAAACUUUCUCGAGAAGGAUCUGAAACAAACUGAAACUAUAAAGCCAGUAAAGUGUUGUUAUCAUCCCUGUCUCAUCGGCAAUGGAUGACUCUUUCUGUUCUCUGUGUGCAUCUGUGGAUCUGUCUUUGUUUCAAUUGUACUUUUUGCAGCUACAGAGUGAUUUAAAAAAAAAAGUGUGGUCCAAAAGUAGCUUCUGAAGCCAUGCUGGCUCAUUGGUGACUCCUGGUUUGUUUGCACAAUAUAACAGUAAACGGAGAGAGACUAACCCAAAGAAAGAACAAAAACUGGAUUAAAAAUGAUGGUAGAAAAAUGUUGUACUACUGAGGG